CAGAGUCUUUAACCGACCUCAUCUCCACUGGAACCAGCAGAACUACAGAGUCUUUAACCGACCUCAUCUCCACUGGAACCAGCUGAACUAAGGAGUUUCAGAGAGAGAAGGUCUCAGCCCAAACGGCGCCAUGCUUCUGGUGGAUCCAGGUCUGUAUAUCGGCACUGCAGCCGACCUGAACGAUGGCCAGGGACUGACCAACAAAGCUGUCACUCAUGUCCUGUCUGUGGAUUCUCAGGACCAUGCACUUUUGCUUCCUGCUGCCCUUUGCCAUAAGUGGGUGAAUGUUCUGGAUGAAACAACCUCUGACCUCUUGAGUCACAUGGAUGACUGCUUCAUUUUCAUUCAGAAGGCGCUGGAUGGGGGCGGAGCCGCACUUGUUCAUUGCCAGGCUGGACGGAGCCGCAGCGCCGCCAUUGUUACUGCCUAUCUAAUGAAGCGGUACCAUCUUGGCUUCAGUGAGGCUUACCACAGGCUGAAGAGCGUCAAACAGGACGUCCAGGUCAACAGUGGUUUUGAGCAACAGUUGUGUCUAUAUGAAGCCAUGCUCUGUGAAGUUGACAUCUCCAGUCCUCUUUACAAACAGUACAGACUGACCAAGAUCUCUGAGAAGUAUCCCGAGUUGCAGCAAGUUCCCAAGGAGCUUUUUGCCACUGACCCCACCAACUCCAGCUCCUCUGAAGUGUCUUACCGUUGCAGGAAGUGCAGACGGAUUCUGUUCCGUGGCUCCAGUCUUCUCAGUCACCCUGCAGGAGGAGGCGCACAGGCCUUUGGUCACAAGAAGUCCAGUAACCUCACUGGUGAGAUUCAGUGUACAUCUUACUUCAUUGAACCAGUGCAGUGGAUGGAACAAGCAUUACUUGGAGUGAUGGAUGGACAGCUUCUGUGUCCUAAGUGUAGCUCUAAACUCGGCUCAUUCAGCUGGUGUGGUGAUCAGUGUUCCUGUGGUCGCUGGGUCACUCCUGCCUUCCAGCUUCACCGCAACAGAGUGGAUGAGAUUCGUCAGUUGGAUGUACAGAAAUAAUCCAAACAAACACAAAAAAUGCAA